GGCUACUUGAACUGAGAAAGCGAGAAUAUCAAAGCAGCUGAGAAAAGCAAUAAGGCGCCGUCCUACUUCACCAAAGCAUCUCUUGUGAGCCGUCCGAGGCGUGUUGAUGGGGUUUGCUUAUCAGCAUGGCGCGCUUUCUGUAGGAUAGGACUGCUGCAUGAUUUAUAUUUGAAUUUGGGUUUUGUAUGACGCCGCUGGCAACUGUUUUUGUCCGGAUUUCAACAGCUUACCCCUGCCAGUUACCCUGGGCGACUUGAGUUCACCCCGUCGAUCUGCUGCUGGAAAGAGAAUGUCAUCUCUCGGUCAAACACAAGGAAGCGCGGUUCAUGACUCAGCUGCUGAUAUUCAUAAUCAAGAGAACAUGCUUUCACGGCUACGCGGUGCGACCAAGAACAGGGUUGAAAAUCGGGAGAAUGUCAACCCUAAACCCUGCAACAGGACUGUUUUGGGGGCUCUGGAGAACCAUCAGCGCAGACAGCCCGUUCUGCGCGCAGCUAAACAGGUUUCUGGGCCCCAAAUAGUUGCCUGCAAGUCUGAAGAACAUGGCGGGAGCUUUGGCGAGAAACCCUCCAGCAAGCCACCUGCUUUCCAGAUUCAUGUGGAUGAACCUGAUGGUGCAUCCAAGAAACCGUCUACCCAGAAAGCAGCCAUGGAUUGCUCCCCACUCACACUAAAUCCCACUGUGACGCACUUAAGGCAGCCUCUCGCAACUAUUGAGCUGCCAAUGGAAGCCAGCUUUGCAGAUUCUCCUAUGGAUAUGUCCGUAAUUGAGGGCGAGGAGAGGCAGACAAAUGUCAAUGAAGUCACAGAAUACUCUGCGGAAAUACACACAUAUUUGCGGGAGAUGGAGCUGAAGUCAAAACCAAAGGCAGGCUACAUGAAAAAGCAGCCUGACAUCACAAACAGCAUGCGUGCCAUCCUGGUGGACUGGCUGGUAGAGGUGGGAGAGGAGUACAAGCUCCAGAAUGAGACUCUCUACCUGGCCGUGAACUACAUUGAUCGCUUUUUGUCUUCCAUGUCGGUCCUGAGAGGAAAGCUGCAGCUGGUUGGCACAGCUGCUAUGCUUUUGGCUUCCAAGUUUGAAGAGAUCUACCCCCCAGAGGUGGCAGAAUUUGUUUACAUCACUGAUGACACCUACACAAAGAAACAAGUGUUGAGGAUGGAGCAUCUGGUGCUGACAGUCCUUUCUUUUGAUCUUGCUGCGCCAACAAUCAAUCAGUUCCUCACCCAGUAUUUCUUGCAACAGCCUGUGAGCAGCAAGGUGGAAAGCUUGUCAAUGUUUCUAGGUGAGCUGAGUUUAGUAGACUGCGACCCUUUCCUAAAGUACCUCCCGUCUCAAACUGCUGCUGCAGCCUUCAUUUUGGCCAAUCACACACUUGCAGGUGGAUCAUGGUCGAAGGCACUUGUUGAGAUGACUGGCUACACACUGAAGGAUCUUAUGCCAUGUGUUCAGGAUCUUCAUCAGACCUACCUCGGUGCUGCUCAGCACACACAGCAAGCUGUUAGGGAGAAGUACAAGGGCUCAAAGUACCAUGAAGUCUCUCUCAUUGAGCCCCCAGAGAAGCUGAUCUUGAACUAGCCCCCCCCCCCCCCAUCAACAUUUUAAUGUGUUCACUGGUUACAAACUUGUGUGGGAAUUGUGCUUUUUUUUUUUUUUUUUCUUCAUUUCCAUAACUCCAAUAACUGAAGCCGUAGCCUCGAUUUUGGGCAAAUGGUGAGAUUUAGUGACAUGUACAUUUUUAUUUGCAGUCCUUAAGGAUUGUGCCUUUUUACGCUUGAUACAACCAGAUGUUUGUACAUUUUAGGUAAUCAAGCAUGGUUAUAAUUUCAAUGUUUGUAUUCUAUUUUUUUAUGAAAUCCAGUGGUGCACUUUAUCCUCUUACACUGAUAAGGUGAUCUUCCCUUUACAUCUUAAUAAAAGUGCUGCUGGCCUUUAGUGAUUUUAAAUGUCUGUUUUGUUACAGUAUUAAUUAGAUUAAAUUUAACCUACAGCAUUAAUUCAGAUCAAAAGGGUCUAAAGAUAUCUGGUAUAAAUGAAAAUGCAGACUUGAUUUCAUGUGAACAUUUUACAUGAUUGUGCAAGUAGUCACAUUACCAGAGCUUUUAAAUUCAGUCUGGAAGACGGUGUCAAAGCACCGUAAAAGCAAUGCAAAAUCUGUAGUCGGGGGUUCUCUUUUCUGAACAUGAGUUUCAAGCACUUUUCCCAUUCCUGCAUACAUGGUAUUAUGAAGACUUGCAUAAUAUAUCAAACAAAAUGUAAUGUGUCAACAGAACUUUUUCAUUAAAGCUGAUGUUAUUCUAUGCCACUAAAUGGAAUUGUGAAAAUGAACUAUUUUCAAAACUGCUUUCUGAAUACUCCCCCUGCCACUGGUCAAACAGCGAUAGUCCUGUCCCCAAUUCACGCCAUCGGCCAAGUCAUUCUGUUUGUAUAGAAGAGUCGCUCAAAACAAACAGGAUUUUCUUAGCAUCACAGAGACUGUGUUUGCAGUUUGAGAAUUAGCCUAUGAAUGGCUCACUUAUAGUUGUUUGUAUAGAAAGGUUGGAUAGGAGAAAGUAUUUUAAUAAAAGUUACAUACUUCAGCUUUAAGCUCAAUAGAAGUUGUAUGAUUUGUCAAAACCACUGUAUCUACUGCCUAUGUUUU